GUAAAUCUGGCGAUUUGUGUAAGUUAACACCUCAUACAAUUGCUAAAAUUAGUGAAUAUUGCAAAAAGUGGAUUGAUUUGGAUGGCGAACAAAGCACGAUCGCAGCAAAUAUUGCCGAACUUAUAAAACGUUGGUCAUUCCAUUCGGAAACGGAGCUAGUGCGAGAUGAAAUUGAUACGGAAAUUGCAAACUUGCGAUAUCACAAAGAGUGCUAUGUUCGUUUUUGUGAUAAAACAAAAAUCGAAAGAGCCGAGAAAAGAAUAAUCAAGAAAAAGGCAAUGACUGUCGAUGCAUCCACCAAAGGUGAACCGAGCACUCCUUUUGCUAACCGCCCGGCACCUGUGCAUGUACGUAUAUCACCACGAACAUUGAUUAGCGGUAGCGAGGGAAUUACCAGAAGAAACAGGCACGUCCUACCAGAACAAUGCAUAAUUUGUAAGAGACAGGAAACGUACAAGGUGGACAAGGUACUGUAAAAAUAACCUUAUUAUUAUUAUUAUUAUUAUUAUUAUUAUUAUUAUUAUUAUUAUUAUUAUUAUUAUUAUUAUUAUUAUUAUUAUGAUUAUUAUUAUUAUUAUGAUUACUAUUAUUAUUAUUAUUAUGCUAUCCUUUCAAACCACUAAUUAAUUAGUUACAAUUAUUUUGUAGGCUACUAGAAAAAGAAAAAUAGAUAAACUGGUUCUGGCGGAAACCUUUGACGGAGGUCUUUUACGGGAGGCUGCAGAAAAGAAAAAGGAUGAGUCAAUUUUAGCACAAAUUAGAGGUAAAGACUGUGUUGCCAUAGAAGUACGUUACCACAGGCAUUGCCAUUUGGAUUACUGCAGAUUCUUAACCCGAAAAUUGACAGUUAGUAAGCCAAAUGAUGAACUAUACCAAUCAAGCUACACUGCCUUCUGUUCGAAAGCAAUUGACGAAAAGCUCCUUAAGAAAAAACAAAUUAUGAGAAUGAGGGUAUUACAUGAGAUCUUUGUGGAACAAGUUAUGAAGACUGAAAGGCUUGAUGCAUCCAAUUACCGUCCUACUCGUCUUAAGGCAAGAUUACAAAGAGACUAUCCACAACUUGUCUUUCACCGUCCUAUAGUCAGAAAUCGAAGCGAACUUGUCUUUGUUGAAGAGCUAUCAGUAGGUGAAGUAGCAGAAACCUGUGGAACAGCAGAUACUGAAGGAGCAGACUCAGAAGAGAGUGACAGCGACGAGGAAAUGAUUAGUGAAACUCCAAUUGAUAAAAAGGAAGUCACCUUGAAAGAGUAUUAUGAUGUUGCUAUGGCUUUACAGAAUGCUAUAAAAGGAGCCCGAGCUAUGGAUUCAUCUUGGCCACCAUCAUCUGUCGAUCUCUCCACGACCCAAGUGCUGAAGAUGGUCCCAAUUGUGCUGUUUAAUUUUAUUGCUUGGAUAUUGGGCUUCUCAGAUUACCCAGAAAUGUCAUCUCAUCUGAAACUAGAAGAUUCCCACAUGACGAAAGUCCUAUCUAUCUGCCAGGACAUGUUGUACAUAGCGUCAAACGGGAGAAAACAAACACCGAAGUCGCUAGCACUGGGUAUGGCUGUAAGGCAGCUCACACGGUCAUCACAACUCACGCAAAUUUUGAAUGGUUUUGGCCACUGUGCAAGUCAUUCUGCCAUCUUAACCUACGAAACAGACUUGGCUAAGUUAGCUAUAAAAUCAGACUGCUGUAUUCCAAAAGAUACAGAAAAACAUAAAUUUACUUGUCUGGUGUAUGAUAACGAUGACUUCACAGAAGAUUCUAGAAAUCAAACCCAUAUACUCGGAGGUAUAUUAAUUCAACGAGAGGAUUUAUCCGGCAAUGGACCAGUAGUGGUUACACAGCAGCUAAAGAAGGGUGGGAGAACUCUUCAGGCUCCAAGUGAAAGUAUAAUUCCGUACAGCCUUGGCAAAAAACAGACACCAAAUUUUUUAGGUACAUCACUUUCAUCAACUUUUUAUGAAAUCAACGUCUCAUUUCAUCAAGAUCUUGCUAAGAGGUUGGAUUUUGCCUACUUUCUGAUGAAAAUGCGCCAAAAUCACGUCGGUACUGUACUUCCGGGUUGGACAGGUUUCAACAUUCUUUUAAGGCAAUCUGCAAUACCACCACUGUCUCGAAUCAGAUACUUGCCAAUAAUUGAUGGAUCCCCCAGUGACUACUCAACACUGUACACUGCUCUUUUAAAGAGCAUCAAUAUUGCUGAUACGCUGUCUCUAGAGCACAUCGUUCUGGUUUUUGAUGAAGCAAUCUACGCAAAGAUUCAGCAGAUUAGGUAAAGAUUUUAGUCUAUGGUGAAUGACAGUUUUACCAAGUUUCUCGAAUUCCUAUUUACUGGCAGCAUUAAUGCAAUACAUCUCGCUUUCAUGUUUGACAUUAAUUGUUUGUUUCCCUUUAUAUCUUAAAUUAGAUGGAAAGAUGAGAUUUUUAUGAAGAGGUUCGUUGUCAGACUUGGGGAAUUCCAUGCCACCAUGUCGUUCCUGAGUGCCAUAGGAAACAUGUUUAGAGAUGCUGGGUUACAGGUAUAUGUUCUCUUUUAUACAUUUGUGAGAAAUAUAACUUUACAUUAUUAAGGUAGCUGUAUUUUUGUAAUAGUGAACUUGCAUUGUUUUAGGACAUACUUAUCGAAUCCGAUGUUGUUGGACAAGGGCAAAUUAAAGGUGUAAUGACUGGAAAGCAUUAUAAUAGAAGUAUGCAUUGCCACAAAGUAAUGAGCGAAGCCCUGCACAGACUUCGAUUCCAAGCAUUCUUAGAUAGUGUUAGUGAUGAAGAGUCCGCCAAUAUCUACUCAGUCGUGUCUGACCUGCUGAAUAAUUUUCCAAGCGAGGAUUUUGAGGAGAAACUUACUGCGGAACCAUUCUCGGAAAUUCUUGAUAAGUAUGAGGACUUUGUGGUUCAGGAAAGUGAAUGUAACCCAACGUUUUCAUUGUGGAGUACCUACCUUGAAAUGAUCGGUAUUCUUCUUCAAUUUGUACGGUGAGCUUAUUAAUUGAAUUGCGAAGGUUUGCAGCUAAAAUAUUUUUAGUCCUCAAGCAGCUUUUUUGCUCAUAAGUUGCAUUAGGGAAUUAAAAUGUUUUGACUCCUUUAGAGCUACACGAGAAGGAAAUUGGGAACUUCAUCUAUCAACAAUGCGUUCAAUGCUUACAUGGUACUUUGGAUGUGAUCGAGUGAAUUAUUGCCGUUAUGGAACGGCAUAUUGGCUUGAAAUGACAAGACUACAAGAGACACAUCCAAGUAAUACACGGUUAAUGCAGCCAUAUUUUUCAUUUGAUACUUAGUCUAGCAUUCACAAUUGUAGUAUCGCAAUGAAAAAUAGGCUGGUACACUGAGUGGUGUGAAAUCAUUACAUGCUAUUGAAUUAAUUAUGUGAAUAGGUACUUGUUUGCACCCUUUUUCCCGUUUUUAGCAUUAUUGAGAGAUCUUCGCGAUCAAUGGACAGUACAACGCCAACAGAAUCAUGGGUUUUCCUCUGUCGCAUGCGAUAUGACUAUUGAACAAACCUUAAAUAGAGAUUCAAAAACAAAAGGAGGUAAGAAUAAAUUCAUUUACAGUUCGCCAGUGGUAACUGUACCCACUCUUAAGGGGUACAUAUUCUUAAUAUUUCAGGAAUGGUUGGAAUAACGUUAAACAGGGGUGCUAUGCAACGAUGGAUUAUUGCUCAAUCUGAUAGGUCUGCUAUCACAGGAGAGUGUAUGAAAAUGGCCGGCACUGAUCCAACUAAAAG